GGGUGGGCGUGUCCCCUGCGGGCGGGCGUGUCCCCUGUAGGCGGGCGGGCGGUGGGUCGCGCCCGGGCAGUCUCGGCGGGGCCAUGAACGGGCUGAAGGGCUGGUGCGCGGUGCUGGACGUUCGGCCCCACGGCGAGAGCCCGGAGAGUGUGAAGGUGCUGCGGCUGACGCUGCCCCAUGAGCUGCCGGGCGAGCGGCGCGAGCAGGCCAAGCAGAAGCCAGUGGGAAAAGCCUUCGCCAUGGUGGCCAACAGGUCCAGCAACGGGCACUCCCUGGCCUCGGAGUGCGUCAAGUCCAACGAGGGCGACGAGGAGAUCAUCAAGGUUUAUCUCAAGGCCCGAGGCGAGGGCAGCACAAACCACGAGGAGAAGGUGACCCAGCUCAAGAGCGAAGUCCGGUACAUCCAGGAGGCUAGAAGUGCUUUGAAGAAGCUGCGGGAAGACUUCAGCAGUAAACUUGAGAGCAGACAAGGAGCUCGGGAGCACCCACAGGUGGAGCUGGAGCAGCACAACGGGAGCUGGAAGUGCCCCGAGAGGCUCCGGGGGGACUCCUGGGAGGAGCAGGAGGAGGAGAACUGCUCCAGCCAGGACGUGGAGACGCUCCAAGAGACGGCCAGGAGGCUCCUCAGGAGGCUGCAGGAGGCCGAGAAGCGCCAUCAGUUGGAGAGGAAAGCCUUCGAGAGGAAGGUGGCCCAGUACCAGGAGGAAGCGGAGCGGGCGAGCUCUGCCCUCCGGAGAGCGGAGAGGGACGUGGAGCAGAAGGAGGUGCAGGUGGAUGAACUCCAGAGGCUCCUGGCCGGGAUGGAAAAGGAGCGCCGGGGUUUGGUGGCCGAGCUGAGGGACGGGGAGGCCGAGCUGGGGCGGCUGCGGAGCCUGGAAGGGGAGAAGCUGGCCCAGCAGGAACGGGUGGCCCAGCUGGAGAAGGAGGUGGCCACGCUGAGGGAGAAGAUCCACCAUCUGGAUGACAUGUUGAAGAGCCAACAGCGCAAAGUGCGGCAGAUGAUCGAGCAGCUCCAGAACUCCAAGACAGUGAUCCAGGCCAAGGAUUCCACGAUCCAGGAGCUGAAGGAGAGGGUCUCCUACCUGGAGGCUGAGAACCUGGAGAUGCACGACCGGAUCGAGCACCUGAUCGAGCAGCAGGUCAGCCGGGGCGGGCACAGCGCCAGGGCCCGCUCCAAGUCGGAAUACGUGAGCAGCAAGAGGCUGACGGGCCCCAAACCGCUGCCUCUGAUCCGAGUGGUGGAGACCUGAUUCCCAGGGGGCCCGGGCCGAGCUUGGACUCUUCCCCUUGGCACGGUUGGCUCUGGAUUUUUCCCUGCUUGGCUCUCGUGCUCCGGCCUCGGGACCCUUCCCGGAGCCUCUCCCGGAGAGCAGCCGAGGGCGGGCGGAGCCCCGGGGCGCUCCCGGCGCGAGGAAAGGAGGUUUGGGAAGCAGCGUUCCUGCGGGAUCCCAGCCCAGCUCCCGGGGCUGGAAGUCGGGAUAAUCCCCCCUCCUGAGGUGGAUUCGCCAGUCCCCUGGGUGUCCCAGCAGGGCCCCCUCCCCUCCGGAUAAACCCGGGGAGAUUCAUCCGUCGCUUUUGGGGUUGAAAACUCUCCAGACGCAAAGAUUCCGCCUUCCCAAAGAAAUUCCUCCCCCAUGAGUCGGGAGCCUCCCACCUCCCACCUCCAGCCCCCACCUGGACCCGGCCAAAGCCUCACCCUUCCCAAAAAUCCGCCUCUUCCCGUGCUUUUCCCUCCCAGUUUAGACCCCCGGGGCUGAAUUCCCAGUAUUUAUUUCCAAUAAAUUAUUGGUGUCUCCCGAGGAUGUGGAGACGGGCACAGGCUGCUGGGAAUUCCCGGGAAUGCGGCCCAGGACUGCCCAUCCCACGUUUGACCCGGGAAACACCAACCCAGCUCCCCCCCUGGAGCUGGUUUUUAUUCCCUGUUUUAUUCCCUGUUUUCCUAUAAAAAUACAUCGUCUGCCUCCGAUCCCGCCGGCUCCGGGUGGUUGGAAGGUGGGAACAGCGGGAAUCUGGGGGGGUUCCUGUGCUUCCAGGUACUCCUGGAUGGGGGUUUUCCAGCCUUUUUGUGUCCCAGCCCGGCUCUGGGGCCUCUGGGUUGGAAUUCCACCCAGAGUUUGGGAAGAAGGAGGGAAAAAGGUG